GUGCGCGCCCCCGUGUCUGGGAGCCGGAAGUCGGGACGUGGCCGGGACAGGAUGGCGGUGGUGAGCGGUGUAGAGAGGCUGGAGGUCUCCAUAGACGGGCUGACACUGAGCCCUGACCAGGAGGAAGAGCCGCCACAGGGGGCGGAUGGAGGAGAAGAGGAGGCGGCGGAGGAGGACGAGGAGGCCGGACAGCUCAGCAUGGAGCAGCGCUGGGGGUUCAGCCUGGAGGAGCUCUACUCCCUGGCACUGAAAUUCUUCAAAGAAAAGGAUGGGAAGGCUUUCCACCCAACCUACGAAGAGAAGCUGAAGCUGGUGGCUCUUCACAAACAGGUUCUCCUGGGGCCUUACAACCCGGACACCUGCCCUGAAGUUGGAUUCUUCGAUGUCCUCGGCAAUGACAGAAGGAAAGAAUGGGCUGCCCUUGGCAAUAUAAGCAGACAGGAAGCCAUGACUGAGUUUGUGGGGCUGCUGAACCGAUGUUGCAACCUGUUCUCCACAUACGUUACAUCACAUAAAAUAGAGAAAGAAGAGCAGGAGAGAAAGAGGAGAGAAGAGGAAGAGCGCAGGAGGCGGGAAGAAGAGGAACGACAACGCCUGCUUAGAGAAGAGGAGAAGCGGAGAAGGGAGGAAGAGGAGAGACUGCGGAGAGAGGAGGAGGAGAGGAUGCGUGCUGAGGAUGAGCGAUUUCGCAUGGAGCAGCAGAAGCAGCAAAUCAUGGCAGCUCUGAACUCUCAGACAGCUGUUCAGUUUCAGCAGUACGCAGCGCAGCAGUACCCUGGAAACUUCGAGCAGCAACAAAUCCUUAUCCGACAGCUGCAAGAACAGCACUAUCAACAGUACAUGCAACAGCUCUACCAAGUUCAGCUAGCACAGCAACAGGCUGCACUACAGAAACAACAGGAGGCGUCAUUAGCUGGAAGUGGUUCCCCAGUGAACUCUCCCAUUAAAGCAAGCUCGGGAAGUGCAAUGGCAACCGGAGAAUCCCCUUCUGUGAAUGGUCAGAGUCACCCCCACAUAGACGGCACUGAGACAGAAAUGGAACCUGAUCCCUUGGAAGAGAUCCUAGAGAAUGGGCCAAAAGAGAACACGCCAGUGAUAGCGGCUCCCUCCAUGUGGACCCGACCUCAGAUUAAAGAUUUCAAGGAGAAGAUCCGUCAGGAUGCAGAUUCAGUGAUCACUGUAGGACGAGGGGAGGUGGUGACAGUCAGAGUCCCCACACACGAAGAGGGAUCCUACCUCUUCUGGGAGUUUGCCACAGAUCAUUUUGACAUUGGGUUUGGUGUUUACUUUGAAUGGACAGACACCCCGAACACAGUGGUCAGCGUUCACGUCAGCGAAUCCAGCGAGGAUGAGGAGGAGGAUGAAGAGAACCCGAACAGUGAAGAGAAAGCCAAGAAGAAUUCCAAUAAGCCUCAGGUGGAUGAAAUCGUGCCGGUAUACAGGCGGGAUUGUCAUGAAGAAGUUUAUGCCGGAAGUCACCAGUACCCUGGCAGGGGGGUCUACCUGCUGAAAUUCGACAACUCUUACUCCUUGUGGAGGUCAAAGUCUGUCUACUACAGAGUGUACUACACCAGAUAAAGGGGGAGGGCCAAGGCCAACAGCAGGGCUAAGGCAGUGAGUGGAUCACUUUUUGCUGGAUCCCUUCAAGUCAGUGUUGUCCCUCCAUCUCUCCUCAUCUUGUGAUAUUUGGGGGCUGAACCUGCUUAGUGCUACACUAACUCAGCCCAGCGCAGUUUGUUCCUUUCGUUGCCAUCAAGCCUCUGACAGUGAAAGGGUCAAAGUGUUGGAAAUCGGCUACACUGGCAACUCGUUGUUAUCCUCCUUUACCAAGUUUUAUUUUAUUUUUUGUUUUAAAUUAAGCCCUUUAUGGAGUUCUAAUCUGCAGAGGAGAAAACAGGAAGUUGUGCGUGGGAGUGGCAUGGUGUAUCCAUGGAAAAGUUCUUUGACUCAUGAAGAAUUCCUGUCUAUCUGGUGUUGGUGUGGUUAACAUCUCUUAUGUGAAGACACAAAUGACAAGCAAAGCUUCCCUUCUAAUUAUCCUGAAAAUUCUGUACUGAACGGGGAUGGUUCUGGACGAUGGGACAAAAUGUGGCUGCCCUUCUGAUUUCACGGUGGACCUGGGCUUGAAGACUUAUGUGAAACAUGGCAGAAUGAAGUGGUUCUCUCUGUAUGAAUGAGUGGGAUCCUUAAUUUAAUAUUAGAGAUAUAUAAACGGGCGGGUUUAAAAAUGGUCAGACUGUCUGCUGCAUGAUUGAUUGUGACCUUCCUUCUCUUCUGUUAUUAUUCCUAGUGAUGUAUAAUACUGUGCAGCCUGUCUGCAAAUUUCCCCGCCAUAUCGAUCUUGUCGGUUUGUCAGAAGAGUUUUAUAAUCUGGCGCUCCUAAACUUUUUCUGGUACGCAAAUGAAAUGAUCUCCUGUACCUUGUGAAUCUAAUAUUAAUCCUAUGAAUUAUGGUUUGUAAUAAUAAUUAUUCUCUAAUAUUUCAAACUAGAGUCUUUUUUUUUUUCCAGACCAGCCUGUUUUGACCGAAAGAGGAACCCCCACCUUGAAUAGCUUUGGGUUCAACCAAAGAAUUGUUGAAGUAAGGGCUAAACCCAAGAACAACAUUUUAAAUAUUACAGCUUACUGGUAUUUAGCUGAGGUGGCUGUAUUUGUUUUCCUUUAUACUUGCAUUUUCUCUAAGUAUAGAAAAAUACCUGGUACUCCUUCCAGUGAUCCUAUGGCCUUGUAACUUGCUAUGAGCUAAACUGAAAUAUCAAACCAUCUUAUCGGCCUUUACCUGUGUGAACUACAGCACACCUCCUUCCUAUGUAAUGGAGAUGAGUAGAGAGGGAGGCAUUUGCAGUCCAAUUCAUAAGAGCUGCCUAGGGUGAAGGGCCUGAAGAAAACUACAAACCUAUAAACACUGUUAUGCUGCAAUAUAUUAAAAUUUUGUUUUUGGGUUUAGAUCUUUUUUAUCUCAUGGGAUUACCAUCGUCAACGAUUUAGAGGUAGAAUAUUUCAGGCUUAUUAAGUGAUAUGUCUGCACUAAAAUCCCAAGUGGUGUUAUUAUUAGCCCUGCCCAUUUCUCUCCAGUUGUACUACAGGACACACCCUCUUUUAUAUAAAAAAGUGUAAGGUUUGUUCUGUUGUCUAGCAGGUGAGAACUGAUCAAUGCUUUGGAUCUCAUUUCAGCUGAUUUCUGUUGCACAGCCUGGCAAUGAUGAACCGGAAUCAUGUGAGGGCAGUUUCAUUCAUAAAUUCCUGUUUUAGCUAGUCUAGAGUAACACUAUGGCAGAAUAAAACACGCCCCUGACCAUUCCUUUUUAUUGUGCAUCUGUUCACAGGAAAUUUAAGUAUUUAAAUUAGAUUGGACUGAUGGGUGAUCAUAGGCACCACAUCCUUGGUAAUUUUAAAACCAAAAUGUCUAUUCAAAUGGGACUUUCUGGGUGGCAAAAAAAAAACCAUUAUUACAUAAAUAUUAAGAUGCAUUCCUUGCCACUUGCUGAAGCAAUUGUUUGCCCCCUGAUAGCCAACGUCUAUUCUCCACUGCUUCAAUAUAUUCAUUCACAGCCAAUUUGGGUCUAAAGCACUUGAUUACUUGUAGAUAUGGGGAAGAGGUGGCUGCAUUCAAUGCCUUUCGCAAUUGGCUACCUCGAGAAAUCAGGAAUUGCAUACAUUCUUAAAUGUUUAAGCUUUUUGCAGGCUUUUAACAUUUAUGUAGCUUUACCACUACACGUGUGUACUGUACCACGUGUAAUAUCCCUUGUUUGCAGAACAGUACACAAACUGUGUAAACAAUUUUUGUAAUGGACACGUAUAUGUUUUUGAAAUUUUGGUGCAUUUAUGCCACAUGGCUAUGAAAUUGUAAUUACUUUUACACUCUUAAUAUUUAUAUAAUAAUAAAAUAUGUACAAUA